AUGAAGAAGGCCAUGGAGCUGAUGCGACCUGGAGAAGGCUUGAAAUUUGAAAAUCAUCCUUAUCCAGAUCAAAAUGUCCUUUGCUAUCCUCUGCUGAACAUGCUUGCAGCUGCAAAUCUACUCAAAGUGGAUGUGCUCUUUUUGGAUGUGGAUGGAGCUGAACUAGAUGUUCUGGGAACCCUAAGGUUUCAAGAAACUGACAUAAAAGCUAUCGUUCUCGAAUGCGUCCAAUUUGUCUCCCUGGUUCCUGGAGAGUGUACAGAAGAACUGAAAGGAAAAUUCGAAUCACUUCUCAAACCUUGGGGAUAUGAGCUGAAGAAGGUAAUCAAUCACCAGGACUUGCUCUUCAUCAAACGUGAUGCGCAAUAAUUCUGAUGUUCAAUAAUUUUGUCAACAAAUUUCAAGAAAAUAUUAUACCUUCUCCAGGGGACGCUUUCCAAUUGAGCACAGUUGACACUUUGGUUUGUUUUAUUUCAUAUCUGAUAAUGUGCAAUGUUGCA